UACUGGGUCCAAGAAUAGUAAAUAGGACGACUCCCGCGGAUGUACCAAGGAACCGGUGUUCCUUAGCUGCUUCUGGCACGGUUUCCCUCAGUACUAAAAACCCCACUUGAGGCCGGGAAGGACGUGCCAACGAAUAACUGCUGUUAAGCCUUUUUGGGUAAUGGCCAUAAUACCCUUUGUCGGACCCCUCCUAUGCACUGAUGCAGCGAGAGGGUAUGACCGGGAAUGCCUGGAUCUGAGAACGGAUCAGAUGUGGUUGACAUACAUAUACAUGGGCCGUCUACCCGUCGGGAGGCAUGGAAGGAAGUACUACGGACAGUACUCUGCAUCACUAAUAGCAUUCUACUCCAUCGCCCACUGCUGUCUGUCCCACCGAAGGAGGGGGGCUUUCUUUAUCGAUAGGAGCAUCGGCCCACCGCCCCCGUCCUUGCGCGCGCAACCCAACCGGGUGUGUGACUGGCUUGUGCCUGCGUGACUUGCUCAAUUAUCCCAAUUGCCAUUACCUAUUGCUCUGACUGUCGUUGGAUAGCCGAUCGGAUGCGCCAAUAACCUCUGCCACCCAGAUCCCCGGUUAUUUCUUCCUACAU